AUGGCUAGAGUGAGUAAUUGGGACACUGAAACGUCCAAUUUGGACGGAGAGGUCCUAAAGGAGCUUGAGCUCAAGAGUAAGCUCUCUAACCUCUACAUUGGCGUUACCACAAAUGAUAGCGUUGUAAAGAAGAUCUUCCGCUCCCUAAAGGAGCCCAUAAUCCUCUUUGGUGAAGGGUCCUAUGAGAGAAGGGAACGUCUGAAAAUGGUAUUACUAAACAACUACGAUAAAUUCUUCCAUGAGAAAGAUGUCGAUCUUGCAAUCGCAUCGUCUACAGAGGCGAAAAAUUUUUAUGAAGUUUUAAAGCUCUUCAAUAUUGACAUGUCGAAUGUUUACAAAAAGGGCAAUUUUCUAGACGGUGCAUAUGCUUCUCAUGAGGACGCAAACGAUCGUGAGCUAUUUUAUACUGAAGGAGACGAUGAUGUGCGACUAUUCCGUAGGUCUAUUGCAUAUUUUUCCUGGAACCGCUCCCUAAAGAGAAAGGCUAUGAUACACAAGUAUAGAAGUCAAUGUGAUCAGUAUGAACAUAAAGACUAUGUUGAAAGAUUUGGAGAAUACAUUACACAGAAUCUUUCUCUCUCGUUUUCACAGCUGGCUGCUGAUAGGCCUCUAACAAUGGCCAAAUUUUCUCCAAAUGUUAAAUAUAUCGCAACUGGCAGCUACUGUAACGAUGUUGGUAUUUUUGAUUUUGAUUAUACAAAAUCCACGCUGGUUAAAAAACUAACAACUGAUUGUAAAGAAAUGAUACAUUGUCUAGAUUGGAAUUUUAAUUCUAGUAAUGUAUACUACGAUGGAAAGGAACCUGAUGAUAUUACAGAUGAUGAAUUGUUGCUAGUAACAGGAGGAUCCGGGGGAACAAUGGCCCUCUGGAAGCCAUUUUCUAAAAUUGAAGAGACAAAGAUUUAUGAAUUUAAAAUUCAUGAGGCAAAAAUUAAUCGCAUACUCUUUCAUCCAUGCAAUACAGUCGUAGCAAGUAGUUCCGCUGAUGAAACCAUUAGACUCUACGAUAUUGAAGUGAUGAAGGAAAUAUAUCUGCAAGAAGGACAUAAACAUGCUGUGUAUGCAUUGUCUAUUAAUGGAGAUGGUAAUCUGAUGGCAUCUGGAGAUAGUUAUGGUGUCAUGCUCAUUUUUGAUUUAAGAACCGGUCGACACAUUUUUCAACAGAGCGUGCAUAACGGAGAUAUAACUGGUAUAAGUUUCCACCCAAUAACAUCACAUAUAUUUGCAACCUCUUCAGCAGAUAAUUCUGUCAAGAUCUUUGAUUUACGCAAGUUUAAACCGAUAACUUCUCUACUGAGUCAUACAAAACUGGUGAGUGGGCUCGAGUUUGAACCAAUUUAUGGACGCUAUCUGGCAACAAGUUCAUUUGAUACACAUGUAAAGAUUUGGGAUACUUCAGACUAUAAAUGUAGAAAGGUUUUGUCCAAUGAUGACACUAGAAUAAUGGGAAUUAAUAUCGCUCCAGACGCAUCUGCAAUCGUUGCAGCAGGUUAUGAUAGGGCAUGGAGAUUGUUUAAACCUAAAGAAGAUCAGGAAAUUGAUACAGAAUUUGCUCUGUACAAGGUUUUGUAUGGAUGA